AUGCCACACAGCACCACCAAGGUGUCCCCCGCUGAACUCCUCCUGAAAAGAGCGCUGCGCACCAAACUGGACUGCAUAUGUCCUCCAGUGAGGAGCCAAAUCAUGCUGAGCAGUCAGCAAGAACAGAGUCGACGUAGGUCAGUCACGCCACAGUCUUUCCACGCGUGUGUAAUGGAGGCACUGCAGCAGCUCACUGACCAGCUCACAGAUGUGGAGAGGAAGUAUCUAGACUCCCUGCUCAUCAUUCUGGGAAAUUUUAACAGAGCAAAUCUCAGCCACAAACUCUAUAAAUAUAGACAGCACAUCACGUGUCCCACCAGGGACGCAAACAUUCUUGAUCACUGCUACACCACAAUAAAGAACGCUUAUCGCUCUGUUCCCCGUGCAGCUUUGGGACUCUCUGAUCACUCUCUGAUCCACCUUAUUCCUACCUACAGGCAGAAAUUAAAAUCUGCAAAGCCUGUAGUGAAGAUGUUUGGCACAGUUCUGCCCAUGGGCAAAACCGUGCCAAGCUUGUUCGAAGGAAUGGGCCUCCCUGAGGACCUCGAUGAGCUCAUCGCACUGGCCAUCCAGACUGACGGACGCCUGUUGGAUCGACCUCACAGAGUAGCUCAGCAAUCAGAUCGACGAUCAGCAACACCACUGAACCGCUUGUCCUCCUCCAAUCACACCGGCAGAGUUGCUUCAUCACAGCGCCAAAGUACCCAUCUUUCCUGCAGCCUUCUACCAGAUUUCUUCAAUCCAUGUGAGGAUAUGAUGGGUCAAGGAUUCCUGAGGGUGUCGGUCUGGGUGGUCAGACUGUUGGCUGUUUUAACUAACCUCCUAGUGAUGGUCAUCCUGCUGACCAGCCACCGGAGACUGUUUGUCAGCUGUUUCCUCAUGGCUAACUUGGCAUUUGCAGACUUCUGUGUGGGGAUGUACCUCCUGGUGAUAGCAUCUGUUGAUCUCUACACACGCUCCCAUUAUUAUGAUUAUGCCAUCAUCUGGCAAACAGGAACUGGUUGCAUUCUGGCAGGGAUGCUAUCAGUGUUUGCCAGCAAGUUCUCUGUGUACACAUCAACUGUAAUCAGCAUUCAGCGCUGGCACACCAUCUUCUAUGCCAUGAGGCCACACAAGAAAUUACAGUUUCACCAUGCAGCUGUGUUGAUACUUUCCGGCUGCUUGUUGUGCCUGACCCUGGCACUGCCGCCACUGGUGGGAGUGAGCAGUUACCAGAAAGUAAGCCUCUGCCUCCCAAUGGAUACUGUGACGACUGCAGCUCGGAUUUAUGUGGUUUCUGUUUUGAUGGCUAACAUCUUGGCUUUUAUAGUGAUGCAUUUGUGUUACUUUCACAUCUACUGUAUGGUCCACAAUCCCCCGUACCAGUCAUGCAGACGUGACACCCGCAUUGCAAAACGCAUGACUGUUCUCAUUUUCACCAACUUCCUGUGCCUGGCUCCCAUCUGCUUCUACAGCUUAUCUGCAGCUCUGCACCAACCACUAAUCACCAUCACAGACUUCAAGGUGCUGUUGGUGCUUUUCUAUCCUCUCAAUUGCUGUGUCCACCCGUUUUUCUAUGCCAUCCUCACAAAGUCAUUUCAUUGUGAUAUCUUGAUGUCACUGAGCCGGAUGGGACUCUGCCAGCACCAAGCGCACCUCUACCGAAGCCAGCUCGUCAAGAACUGGCUUCCUCAGCGAGACUCACCGGUGUCCUGCAUGUAG